CCUGUCAUUUCGCUCUGACACCAAGGCAAGAGGCUAGGAGGUCUACAAAUAGCGUCUGGGUAGCUGGUGCGAGUACGGAGGGUACUGGGGGGGCUUAGCCCCCAAGGAAGAGGACUAGUCCUCCCCAGCACCACCAUCGAGGCCCCAGGGCCUCCCACUUCCCUCCAUAGACUGUGGACUGACUAGGGAAUCCCAAACGAUGACAGAAAAGGAGGUGCUGGCAUCCCCUAAGCCCUCCUUGCCAGCAGAGACUCGGCAAAGUGGGCUACAGCGGCUGAAGCAGUUAUUCAGGAAGGGGUCUACAGAGACAAAGGAGAUGGAGAUUCCCCCAGAGCCCCAGGCCAAUGGGGAGGCAGUGGGAGCUGGGGGUGGGCCCAUCUACUACAUCUAUGAAGAAGAGGAGGAAGAAGAAGAGGAGGAGGAGGAACCACCCCCAGAACCUCCUAAGCUUGUCAACGAUAAGCCCCACAAAUUCAAAGAUCACUUCUUCAAGAAGCCAAAGUUCUGUGAUGUCUGUGCCCGGAUGAUUGUUCUCAACAACAAAUUUGGGCUUCGCUGUAAGAACUGCAAAACCAACAUUCAUGAACACUGUCAGUCCUAUGUGGAGAUGCAGAGAUGCUUCGGCAAGAUCCCCCCUGGUUUCCAUCGGGCCUAUAGCUCCCCGCUCUACAGCAACCAGCAGUACGCUUGUGUCAAAGAUCUCUCUACUGCCAAUCGCAAUGACCCCGUGUUUGAAACCCUGCGCACUGGGGUGAUCAUGGCAAACAAGGAACGGAAGAAGGGACAGGCAGAUAAGAAAAAUCCUCUAGCAGCCAUGAUGGAGGAGGAGCCAGAGUCGGCCAGACCAGAAGAAGGCAAACCCCAGGAUGGAAACCCUGAAGGAGAUAAGAAGGCUGAGAAGAAGACACCUGAUGACAAACACAAGCAGCCUGGCUUCCAGCAGUCUCAUUAUUUUGUGGCUCUCUACCGGUUCAAAGCCCUGGAGAAGGACGAUCUGGAUUUUCCGCCAGGAGAAAAGAUUACAGUCAUUGAUGACUCCAAUGAGGAGUGGUGGCGGGGGAAAAUCGGGGAGAAGGUCGGGUUUUUCCCUCCAAAUUUCAUCAUUCGGGUCCGGGCUGGAGAACGUGUGCACCGCGUAACGAGAUCCUUCGUGGGGAACCGCGAGAUAGGGCAGAUCACACUCAAGAAGGACCAGAUCGUGGUGCAGAAAGGAGAUGAAGCCGGUGGCUACGUCAAGGUCUACACCGGCCGCAAGAUGGGGCUGUUCCCCGCCGACUUCCUGGAGGAGAUUUAGGAGUGCAGGCGCCCGCUGGCGGGAGACACCCUUGCCCCCAUUCUGGGCGGGCCCAGUGGAGGUUGGGGAGGAAAAGGGCUAAAGCAACCGGACUGCCGGGUAGGGGAGAGGUGGAAAGGCCCGCCAGAGCCUGACCGGGCUUCUGGAAAGGGACUGGUUCCCACCCCCUACCCCGGCCUUGGGUCUCGGAUGCCUAAAGCAGCCCGCACCGGAAACCCCAAGAGCUGGAAAGAGAAAAUAGCUCACUAGGAGGAGUGGGGCGGGGAGGUGGGGGGAAAGGGGUGGCAGGGGCUAACUGUCGGAUGUUGCGAAUUUACUAAAGUUUUGACAAAAGUUAGAAAA